CUGUCUCACCGAAUAGAGUUGAACGAAUUAUAUGAUAAUAACUAUAUGCAAAAAUCCACAAGUGCGGACGUUUGUAACCUCACGCGGAUUUUUAACCUCAAAUAACUUCUAUAAAUACGUACGUUAAACAUAUUUCUGAAUUACCACGUAUGCCUAGAAAGAAAAAAGAAAAAGAAAGAAUUUUCUAUAUUAAUUUCGUAUUAUCAAAAAAAAAAUACGAUGAAUAACGAUAAAUGUCUACUAGUUGAAUUCGUAAAUGAAGAUAACAGUAUUGCCGUCGGAUUUCAAGACUGGCUAGUAAAAGACAAAGACAAUGAGGAAAAUAUAAAAACUAUUGUGAAGAACAAAACGCUAGUAGAAAUUUUAUGGCCGUCCUGUGAAAUUAAAAGUGCUCAACAAAUGAAAAAGAUUGUUAAAUCAUUGACCAAGAAGGAUUGGAUCACGUCAGCAGUCAGAAUUCUUGCAUUCGGAGAAUGGACAGAUUUGCAUCGACAAUUGUUAGAAAUUGAGAAAUUUGAUAUUCGUAAUCCGGACAAGAAGGAAAGAAAGAGAUUGAUGAAAAAAUCUGUAAGUGACGACGAAGAUAACAACAGAUUUGCAAAGAAGGCUAAAGAAAAUUCUAAAUUUCAUAAAAGAUUGAAAGAUCGGAAGA